AUGUUUUUCAAGGCUUUCGUUGAUGUUCUACUGAAAGCGCAAUGGUUACAAUUGUCAACUGCUCAUCAACCCAGAGAGUCAAGAAAAUGGGCGCUUAUCUCAACAGCAUCAACAUCCAAUCUGCUUCUGACCGCCCAUAUCAGAGCUCUGGGUCCGCUUUCCGUGAUCGACGAUAUGCGGGCCCUCGCGUUGAGCGAGUUGAGCCAAAGGGACCCACAGGUCAACACUCCUGUCUCUGGUGCUCUCAAGAAUUAA